UUUUGGCAGCCCGUCUGGGGCGAGACCGUAAACCCUUUCUGAAAUCAGUCCGAAACGAAACUAUGCACAAUAAACGUGAAAUCCAAACCCUGAUGUUGUAGUGACCCAAAAGGAAUGUGAAUUCUUCUUCAGGACAAAAAGACCCGUGGAUGAACCGUUUCUAGAUUUUUGCUUCAGCUUUCCCGAGAGUCAAAAUGAACAGGAGGCAUAUAAGCGUGAGUCAACAAGUGUGGACUCUCCUCUGCAAGAACUGCCUUAAAAAGUGGAGAACGAAAAGGGAGACCUUGUUGGAAUGGUUUUUCUCAUUUCUUCUACUCCUGUUUGCAUUCCUCUUUUCUUUCAAUUUACAUCAAGUCCAUGACUUUUCUCAAAUGCCAGCGAUGGAUCUGGGACGUGUAGAUCAUUUUAAUGAUUCUAAUUAUAUCAUUGCAUUCACGCCUGAAUCCAAAAAUACUCAAGAGAUAAUGAACAAGGUAGCUUCGGCCCCAUUUAUGAAAGGAAGAACAAUUAUGGGUUGGCCUGAUGAAAACAGUAUGAUGGAAUUGGAUUUCAAUGAUUCAAUAGAUGCAGUGAGAAUUAUCUUUAAUGAUAUGUUCUCCUAUCAUCUGAAAUUUUCCUGGGGCCUUAGAAUCCCUAAUAUCAAGGAACACAAAGACCAUUCAGCUCAUUGUCAAGUAGUGGAUGGAAAACUCACCUGUGAAAAUUCAGUGUUUUGGGAGAAAGGUUUCGUAGCUUUGCAAGCUGCCAUUAAUGCUGCUAUCAUAGAAGUCGCAGUGAAUCACUCCGUGAUGGAAACGCUGAUGUCCAUUACUGGCGUAAAUAUGAAGAUACUUCCAUUUAUUGCUCAAGGAGGAACGACAACAGAUUUUUUCAUUUUCUUCUGCAUUAUUUCUUUUUCUGCAUUUAUAUAUUAUUUAUCAGUCAAUGUCUCCAACGAAAGACAAUACAUGAAGUCACUGAUGACAGUGAUGGGCCUUCGAGAGUCAGCAUUCUGGCUUUCCUGGGGCUCCAUGUAUUCUGGCUUCAUCCUUGUCAUGGCUGUUUUGAUGGCUGUCAUUGUAAAAUCUACUCAAAUUAUUGUGCUCACUGGCUUCACAGUGGUCUUCAUUCUCUUUUUCCUCUAUGGAUUGUCUUUGAUAACCUUGGCUUUCUUGAUGAGUGUGUUGAUAAAGAAGCCCCACCUCACUGGUUUGGCCAUCUUCCUACUUAUCAUCUUUUGGGGCAGCCUGGGAUUCACAGCACUGUACAGACAUCUCCCUGUGUUUCUGGAAUGGAUCUUAUGUCUUCUUAGUCCUUUUGCUUUCACCGCUGGCAUGGCCCAGAUCAUACAUUUGGACUAUGAUGUGAAUUCUAACGUCCAUUUGGAUGCUUCAAACAACUCGUACACAAUAAUAGCUACUUUUUUUGUACUGGUUUUUGAUUCUCUCCUCUAUUUGGCAUUGACAGUAUAUUUGGACAAAAUUUUGCCCACCAAAUAUGGACAUCGACAUUCAGCCAUGUUUUGCCUGAAGUCCUCUUUUUGGUGUCAAAAUAAAAAAACUAACCACGUGGCACUUGAGGAUGAAACAGAUUCUGAUCCUUCAUCCAAUGACUCCUUCGAACCAGUGUCUGCAGAAUUCCACGGAAAAGAAGCCAUCAGAAUCCAAAACCUUAAAAAGGAAUAUAAGGGACAACGUGAAAAAGUGGAAGCUUUGAAAGGUCUGGUACUUGAUAUCUAUGAAGGUCAGAUCACCGCUCUCCUCGGUCACAGCGGAGCUGGGAAAACCACCUUAUUAAACCUGCUCAGUGGGCUGUCAACCCCAACAUCAGGGUCUGUCACCAUCUAUCACCACACACUUUCAGAAAUGGCUGAUUUUGAAACUAUCAGCAAGCUCAUCGGAGUUUGUCCACAGUCCAAUGUGCAAUUUGGCUUUCUCACCGUGAGAGAAAAUCUCAGGCUGUUUGCUAACGUCAAAGGGAUUUUGCCCCAGGAAGUGGAGCAAGAGGUACAGAAAAUCCUACGGGAGUUAGACAUGGAAAAUAUUCGGGACAUUCUUGCUCAAAAUUUAAGUGGUGGUCAACAAAGGAAACUAACUUUUGGGAUUGCCAUUUUAGGAGAUCCUCAGGUUUUGCUGUUGGAUGAACCCACCGCUGGACUGGAUCCUCUUUCCAGGCACCACAUGUGGAAUCUCUUGAAAGAGAGAAAGGCCGACCGAGUGAUUCUCUUCAGCACACAGCUCAUGGAUGAGGCGGAUAUCUUAGCUGACAGGAAGGUGUUUAUAUCCCACGGCAGGCUGAAGUGUGCUGGCUCUUCCCUGUUCCUGAAGAAGAGAUGGGGCAUUGGCUACCAUCUAAGUUUACAUCUGAAUGAAACGUGUGAUCGAGGGAGCAUCACGUCACUGGUUAAACAGCACAUCCCUGAUGCCAAAUUAACAGCGCAAAGUGAAGAAAAACUUGUUUAUGUUUUGCCUCUGGAGAGGACAAACAAAUUUCCAGACCUCUACAGGGAUCUUGAUGGAUGUCCUAACAGAGGCAUAGAGAAUUACGGUGUUUCCAUGACGACUUUGAAUGAGGUAUUCCUGAAAUUAGAAGGAAAAUCAGCUAUUGAUGAAUCAGACGUUGCAAUGUGGGGACAAUUGCAAAGUGAUGGGAGAAAAGGCAUGGCGAGUCCCGAUGAGCCGGAUCACGAUCUGCCUUCUCUCCACGGAGCAAGGAGAGUAGCAGGCGGCAUGGCGCUGUGGAGGCAGCAGCUCUGUGCCGUAGCGAAAGUGCGCUUCCUGAAUUUGAAGAAUGAAAGAAAAAGCCUCCUGGCCAUGUUAUUGCUUUGGGGGGUUAGCUUUCUCCCUCAACUUUUGGAACACAUACUGUUUGAAUUAAAUCAAAAAAGUUACUCCUGGGGACUAUCUCCAGAUACGUACUUCCUCUCACCAGGACAAAUUCCACAAGACCCUCUGACAUGUUUGCUGAUCAUCAACAAAACAGGGUCCAGCAUUGAGAACUUUAUACAAUCACUGAGACAACAGAACAUAGCUCUGGAAGUGGACACCUUUGGAACAAGAAAUGGCACAGAGGAGUCAUCUUACAACGGAGCCAUCAUUGUGUCCGGCGAUGAACAGGAUCACAGAUUUUCAAUAGCCUGCAAUACCAAGAGGCUAAAUUGCUUUCCUGUCCUCAUGGAUAUUAUUAGCAAUGGGUUACUUGGAAUUUUUAAUUCUACAGAACACAUUCAGACUGGUAGAAGCACAUUUUUUCCAGAGAAUAUGCCGAACGGGUACUGGUCCCUGAGCACUGCAUUCUUCUGGGUACCGCUGGCUGCCUGUUUCACCCCUUACAUUGCCAUGAGCAGCAUUGACGACACCAAAAGAAAAAUUCAUUCCCAGCUGUGGAUUUCAGGCCUCUACCCUUCCGCUUACUGGUUUGGACAGGCGCUGGUGGAUGCUCCCCUCUACUUCUUGAUCCUCCUUGUGAUGCAAAUAAUGGAUUAUGUUUUCAGUCCAGAAGAGAUUAUAUUCAUAAUUCAAAACCUGCUAUUUCAGAUCCUGUGCAGUGUGGGAUAUGUCUCAGCUCUCAUUUUCUUGACAUAUGUGAUUUCAUUCAUUUUUCGCAAUGGCAGAAAAAACAGUGGCCUUUGGUCAUUUUUCUUCUUAACCGUCACCAUCUUCACCAUAUUUGCUACUGAUAUAAGUGAAUACUCAUUUCUGGGGCUAUUUUUGUGCACCAUAUUGAUACCGCCCUUCACACUGCUUGGUUCUCUCUCCAUUUUUUCUGAGAUUUCUUACGACUCCGUGGAUUACUUAGGGGCUAAAGAAUCGCAAAUAGGAUUUCUGGCAUUGCUAAUACCUUACGUCCAGUUUUUCAUUUUCCUUUUCAUUCUGCGAUGCCUGGAAGGACACUGUAGAAAGAAAUUGUUGCGCAAUGACCCUGUAUUCAGAAUCACUCCAAGAAGCAAUGAUGUUUUUCCAAACCCAGAAGAACCUGAAGGAGAAGAUGAAGAUGUCCACAAGGAAAGAAUAAGAACAGUGAAUGCCGUGACCACCCUGGAUGAGGAAGAGAAACCAGUUAUCACUGCCAGCUGUCUCCGGAAGGAAUAUGCAGGCAAAAAGAAAAAAUGCUUUUCCAGAAAGAAGAAAAAAAUUGCCACAAGGAACGUCUCUUUCUGUGUUAAAAAAGGUGAGGUUGUAGGUCUGUUGGGACACAACGGAGCUGGUAAAAGCACAAUGAUUAAAAUGAUAACUGGAGACGUAAAACCAAAUGCGGGGCAGGUGAUUUUGAAGAGGAGCAGUGAAGGGGAACCCCUGGGGUUCCUGGGGUACUGUCCUCAGGAGAACGUGCUGUGGCCCAACCUGACUGUGAGGCAACACCUGGAAGCAUACGCUGCUGUGAAGGGGCUGAAGAAAAGGGACGCUGUGGUCAGCAUCACCCACUUGGUGGAGGCCCUCAAGCUGCAGGAUGAUCUGAAGACUCCCGUGAAGACCCUGUCAGAGGGAAUAAAGAGGAAGCUGUGCUUCGCUCUGAGCAUCCUGGGAAACCCAUCGGUGGUGCUUCUGGACGAGCCGUCCACCGGGAUGGACCCCGAGGGCCAGCAGCAGAUUUGGCAGGCAAUCCGGGCCACCUUUAGACACAGGGAGAGGGGUGCCCUCCUGAGCACCCACUACAUGGCGGAGGCGGAGGCUGUGUGUGACCGCGUGGCCAUCGUGGUAUCGGGACGGCUGAGGUGUAUCGGCUCCAUCCAGCACCUGAAGAGCAAAUUUGGCAAAGAUUAUCUGCUGGAGAUGAAGGUGAGGAUCCUCGCACAGGUGCAGCCUCUCCAUGAGGAGAUCCUGAGGCUCUUCCCGCAGGCUGCUCGGCAGGAAAGGUUCUCCUCCCUGAUGGUGUAUAAGCUACCGAUGGAAGAUGUGCAGCCUUUAUCGCAGACUUUCUCCAAAUUAGAGACAGUUAAACAGAACUUUGACCUGGAGGAGUACAGCCUCUCACAGUCUACCCUGGAGCAGGUGUUCCUGGAGCUCUCCGAAGAGCAGGAGCGGGGUGACUUUGACGAGGACCAGGAUCCCUCUGUGAGGUGGACGCUCCUCCCACCAGAAGAGGCUUAAGGCCUCCCAUGUCCUGCUUCUCUUCAAGCUUUGUGAGACAGACAUCUCUAGCACUAAUAGGCCCCAUCUCAGAUGCAGCAUGAACUACUUUGGAAACUCAUGUCAUAAUUCUUUCAAUAAUGUCAUGAGGCUGCUGGGCGAAGUAAGGAAGAGCAUUGAUGGGGCCUGCGAUAGACCGAGCUG